AUGGGUUCGCUAAAACAGCACAAACUUCCUAUUAUCAACUUCAACAAGGAAAACUUGAAGCCUGGUACAAGUUCUUGGUUUGACAUCUGCAAUGAAGUUACGCGUGCCCUUGAAGAGUAUGGCUGUUUUGUUACAUCAUAUGAUAAAAUCUCGUCGGAGCUUCAUGAUGCAGUUUUCCUGGCACUAGCAGAGUUGUUUGAUCUUCCCACCCAAACCAAAGUUCAAAACAAGUCUAGCAAGCCUUUGUAUGGCUACGUGGGCCAGAUCUCAUUUAUUCCUCUCUAUGAAAGCAUGGGAAUAGACUAUUCGACUACACAUGAAGGAAUUCAAAGUUUCACAAAAGUCAUGUGGCCUAAUGGAAAUGAUGAUUUCAGUGAGACUCUGCUCUCGUACUGUAAGUUAGCUGCAGAAUUAGAACAAAUGGUGGUAAGAAUGGUAUUUGAAAGCUAUGGCACAGAGAAGUACUAUGAGCCUCACCUUAGUGCAGCCACUUACCUUAGUCGAGUGAUGAAGUACAGAGGACCAGAAACUAACGAGACUAAUAUGGGCUUUGUCGCUCAUACGGACAAGAGUUUCAUGACCAUACUACAUCAAAAUCAAGUUAAUGGUUUGGAAGUAAAAGCAAAAGAUGGCGAGUGGUUUGAUGUUGAGUUUCCUCCUUCAUCCUUUGUCGUCAUGGCAGGUGAUGCUAUAAUGGUGAGUGUAGAUGUCAUAUUUUAUGUUGGCCAUUGA